AUGGAGGCAUUGUGGAAACGGCACCCGGAUAUCGUGCCAGUUCUUUGCGGACGGGCACCCUCCCUGCUGCACACAUUGCUGGACGGACUCAUCUGGAAAUCCAGCAAGGUGAUGCAGGGUAUGCGCCGCGUCAACUACUACGUGGGGCCGCUUCUAGUGGACGAGGAGCUCCGCCUCACCAGCUCCAUCCCAGAGCUGGUCAAGCACAGCGACCCGGUGGUGAUCUGUCAUCCCUGCGCCAUCUUCGUGUCGGACCUGCUGUGGUCUCGCAUUUGUGGGGCUGCGUUCUUGUACUCGAAAGUGCUGUUUGUGCUCUCGUUGCUCUGCUUCAUCAUCGGCUUCCAGCAUAUUCCAAGCAUCGACUACGACGGCCCCGCCCGCUUUGUCGUCAUAGGCUGCCGGCUGUUCACCUACGCCAUCAGCCUGGGGCAGCUACUGGCAAAACAUGCUUACAUGUUCGCCAGUGCACUGGCUGCCAAGGACACCCGCAAGAACUGCUGCGUGCCGCUACCGGCUUACCUUACGAGAUCUUUCAAGGAUUUUGUGGAAGCCAUCUUGGUGCUGCAUCUGCUUGCACUCCUUUGCAUGGAGCCAGUACUGCACUGUCUUCGAUACGACCCCUGGAAGAAGUGUGAAGCGAAGCAGCUCUCGGGAAAUCGCCGAAGCAUCCUGCCGAAGAAGAUUGAUCCAAAAAUGAUUCCGGUGGUUGAUCACGAUGUCAUCGAGGCACUGAGGCAAAAGGUCCUGCAGGCCAGCUUCUUCAUGGCGGACAAGGACCGUGAUAACAUUCUGAGCAAGUCAGAGUUCUCUUUGAUGGUCCGCAGGGCCUACCCAGAUCUGAAGGAAGCCAUGCUUGACAAGGCCUUCAUCCUCGCCGGCUUUGGAAGCGGAUGCAUCACUUUCAGGUCCUUCCAAGACUGGGUCGCCUUACAGGAUCACCAUGAUGAAAGUAUCUUGGAGGGACACCACAUCGACCCCUUGAGUGCGGUGUGGCGGCUAUGGAACCUGGACGGCGAUGACUCCCUCAGCGUUACAGAGUUCGAGUACUGCAUCUUGCGGGCUUUCCCCAAAAUGAAGAGGAUGGAUCUGCUGCUCAUUUUGCGUGCCAUGGAUGAGGACCUGAGCGGCGAAGUGGCCCAGGAGGAGUUCGCGCACUUCCUCCUGCCGCCGGUGAGGACCGAUCCCUUCGCCCCAGUUCUGGAAUGCUGUCACUUUUCUCAGCGCCUCUGUGAUGUUGAGAGCUGGCAUCGACGAGUCUCAUGCAUACCAAUGCUGCUCUACUUCGUCCUCACCUCUGAACUCAUUCACAGCAACAUCCAUCUCUCCUGCUUUGUGCUGCUCGUGGCCAGCUUGUGGUGGGACAUGCUCGUGUACUGCUGUAUUCUUGCCUUCCUGACGGCUUCCUUUGCGUCUGCCAUGGCCUGUCUGCCCCAGACCGGGAGCAGCUUCGGCGUGCAGUUUCGAGAUUUCCGCAGCCUUCCAUCUGCCUUCCAGUCCCUGCUCGCAGUGGCCGUGAAGACCUACAGUGCCAAUAGCUUCGAAGAGAUUGCUGCGGCCUCUGAGCCUCUCUUGGCCUGGUUUCUCUUGGCCUUCGCCGGCUUUUGGCAUGUCUUCCUCAUGAACUUGAUGGUUGCGCAGCUGUGCCAGCGCUUCGGAGCCAGCUUCAAGGAUGCGUUAGGCUAUGCCCGGCUGAAGCGAGGAAGCAACAUCUUCGACACGGCCUUGUCCCUCAUCUCGGAAAGCAGAUGGCAACGGUUCAUCCGCAGCCUGAACCUGGACGCACCCUGUCCUCUAGAUGCAUCUGACCCGGGGCCGCGAGGAGGUAUACCUACGCUCGAAGAAUUUGAUGGCUCCAGCGGGCUACCGAUGCAGCUUUACGGAGGCUUGGCUUCCCCGAACGAGCCCUGGCCGGAGCUGCGCGACAGCGAGGAAUCAGAAUUCGACAACUUCGAAAAGACGGCUUCAAAACGUUUCGAUGACCUGGAGCGACUGCUGGCCGACAUUGCUGACAAGCUCGGCGGCCGAAGAGCUGGUCUCCGCCUGUCGCUGCGGUCCUCGCCACGGAGCUCCGUCGCGAGCAACGUGGAGGAGUGGUCAUCCCGGAAGCGGGCUUCUGUGCGUCAGUCACAGGUGCUUGCAGACUCUGAAUUGGAGGAAGCGGACCUGCAAUAG